AUGAAACUGACAAUUAGGCGAAGCAAACGGGGCCGAACCGACGCAGCAACAGCAGCAGCAGCAGCAGCAGCAGGAAUAGCAGCAACUCAGCAGCAGCUGCGGCCACAGCAGCAGCAGGAUAGCAGCAACGAGGCAGCAGCCAGAGCCGCAGCAACGCAGCAGCAGCAGCAGCCGCAGCAACACAGCAGCAGCCACAGCCGCCGUGACGCAGCAGCGGGGCGCAGCAGCAGCAGCCGCAGCAGCACCAGCAUCACCAGCAGCAGCAGCAGCAGCACCAGCAUCACCAGCAGCACCAGCAGCAGCAGCAGCACCAUCAUCAUCAGCAGCAGCAUCAGCAGCAGCACAGCAGCAGCAGCAGCAGCAUCACCAGCAGCAGCAGCAGCAUCACCAGCAGCAGCAGCAACACCAGCAGCAGCAACAGCAUCACCAGCAGCAGCAGCAUCACCAGCAGCAGCAGCAGCAGCAGCAGCAGCAGCAGCAGGAGCAGCACGAACCCCUGAGGUCGAGCAGCAGCAAGUUGCUGCAGCAGCUUCUUCUGGAAAGUUGGAGAAGACUUUCGUCAUUUAA